UGAUAAUGUGAGUGGUAUUAGUCACCAGUGAUACAACAAAAGUAUUACAGUCUUGUUGUGGUAUAGAGACAAUUCAGACGCAAUUAUUAAAGAUAAAAUUUAUCAAAAUAUCAUACGAAUUUCAGGUGAUACGUGACAAUCUUUUUUAUUUUUUCAUUUAAUUUUAUUGAAAAACACGAGCAAUUAUGGCAGGUUUAUAUCCGAAUCUUCAUGAAAAAUUUAGAGAUGAAAAUAUUUGUCCAAUUUGUCUCUAUGAGAUGGAAGACACACCCAAGUACUCGUGUAUUAAUCGUCAUACAAUGUGUCAUCGUUGUAAGCCAUAUUAUUACUCUUGUCCAACAUGCCAAUCACCAUUGGAACUAAUAAUGGUAAACCAUCAAGGCCAUAACUAUCAUCCACCACCAGCGAUUCAUUUUAUGCCACACCCAUAUCCACUAUAUCCACCAAAUUAUGAACCAAGUGCACCAUUUAUAGACCAAGAAAAAGUUAAUUGGUCACCACCAGCGCCACAUGAAGAUCAAGAAAUUCAUCCAUGUCAAUAUGCAUAUCUUGGAUGUCGUGCAAAAAUACCAGAGCAUCUUAUUGAACUACAUCGUUCUAGAUGUCAAUAUCGUAUCAAUGAAGAUGAUCAUUCAUCAGAUGAUAACAACGAUGAUGAAGGAAUAGCUGAACAUUGCAAAUAUCAUGUAGUUGGUUGUAAUGUUAAAUUGAUAGAGUGGAGAAGACUUGAACAUGAAAAAAUUUGUAUUUACAAAGAUAGAAUGGGUCGUUCUGAAUAUCAAUAUCCUAGUAAUGAAGAUGAUCAUUCAUCAAAUGAUGACAACAGUGAUGAAGGAACAACUGAACAUUGCAAAUAUCAUGUAGUUGGUUGUAAUGUUAAACUGAUAGAAUGGCGAAGACUUGAACAUGAAAAAAUUUGUAUUUACAAAGAUAGAAUGCAAAAAUUUGAUGAUAUAAAUGAAAACUUGGAAUCAUUAAAUAUUCAUGAUGAUAGUGAUGAUAGUGAUGAUCCAGAAGAAAUUAUUGAAUGUAAAUUUAGAACAUUUGGUUGUAUGGUUAAAAUGCCAAGACGAAAAAAAUGGAGUCAUGAAGAAAAAUGCAAUUACAACAAGUAUCAUAAUAAUGAUAAUGAUGAAGACGAUAGCUGUUAUGUUACUGAAGAAUAUUUAGAUCCAGAUGAUACAUUGUCAUGUCGUUGGGCUGAUUUUGGAUGCCAAGUACAACCAAGACGUUGUAGAAUAGAUACUCAUGAAGAAAAAUGCAAUUAUCGAAGGGAACAUUGUAAAUAUUCUGACAACGGUUGUCGUGAAAUGGUUGAACCACCUAAAAGAUUUAUUCACGAACAACGCUGUGAAUAUGCUUGGUAAAAAAAAAUUCUUUUAAAGUAAAAUUUUGAAUGACAUAUCAUACGGAAAUCAUACUGAAUAAUACAUAUAUUUUGAUAAACACAAAUGUUAUAAAAAAAAAAAAUCUAGAAAAUAAAUAUAC